AUGCAUAUGCCGCUUCCCUUCCUCUUCGCUGCCGCCGCGCAGGCGGUCGAUCCGUCGCUCCUCGACGUCGGCCUCGCGCAGGUCGCCGCGCUCGGCCAGGCGGGCCGCCUGACGCCCGACGAGGAGGCGCUGGCCGUAGAGCGUGCGCUUGGCGGUGACGCGCCGCUCCUGCUUCUCGCCAAGAACUUUGCGGCGCUGCCUUCGCUGGAGACGCACCUGCGCGCCGCCCUGCAGGCACGGCCGCCGCCCGCCGGCGCGCCUGCGGCGCCUCCGCCGCCUCUGCCGCCUCCGUCGCCGCCUCCGCCCGCCGACGACAUGCUCUUUGCGCGGCGGUCGGUAGUCGCUUACAGGCCGGGGCCGGUGCCGGCCGAGGCGGUGCAGCGCGCGCUCGAGGCGGCCGUCCUCGCGCCCAACCACUUUCUGACCGAGCCGUGGCGCUUUUACCUUGCGGGCCCCGAGGCGCGUGCCAGGCUGUCGGCCCUCAACGCCGCAAAGCAGGCCGCGUUCGAGAAGGUGCCGGGCUGGCUGGUGGUGACGCUCGUCGCGUCGGACCUCGCGCCCGACGGCAGCUUCAACACGAAGAAGGGGCUCGAGGAACCCGCCGCUAGAUACCACGCUGCCUCGCGGACUCUCGGGGGCUCUCGCCUAAUCUGGGCCAACCUCAUCACGCAGGACCACGCCGCCUGCGCCGCCGCCGUCCAGAACUUCAUGCUCUCCCUCGCCGCCGCCGGAACCGGCUCGACGUGGACGGCGGGCGUCUUUGUGGACGGCGUCUCUUCACAGCGUACGCUGUGA